CAAUCAGGCCGGAAUGAAGAGGAAGCAUUUCCCAUGUGCCAUUCUUGUUUUGUUGGCUUCCUCGAUGAUGGCAUGUGUGUGCUAAACUAGAAUAGUAUUUGCAAUAUUGAGUCUAAUCCUGUUGUAGGCUAGACCUCACUCCCCAAAUACAAGCUAUUCCAUUAUUAUUCGAUCCACUCCAUUCGAAAAAAACUGUUUUGCUGGUUGGUUGGUUGGUUGAGGACUCUACUCUGCUGGGAAAUAGUGGUGGUACUUUCUUAUAUCGUGCGUUUUGGGGAUCAAUACUUUAUCGAUUUUGAAACUAGAAAGAAGUUAAGUAGUAAAAAUGGCUGGAGUGAUGGGAGAUGAGGAAGAGUCGCCCAUGACAGUGGGAAUCGAGUCGAUAGACCUGCCAUACUAUGCGACCUACUCGAAACAGCCAACUGGAGGUCGCGUCAUUCUUCCUCCAGAACAUCAAAUUCAGUACACCCCUUCGCUCCCUUGGGAUAAACAAAAGGCGUUGGGCGAGUCAAACUCUGAGCUGCGAAUCACUGCCACCAACAAAGCCAAGCCAAGAAGUGUUGACGUGGAUUUGGAGGAAGAUGACGGAGCCUACCCCACGUUCAUCCCAGUGACUUACCAGCUUCCCCACUCUGACGCGGUGAUAAGGAAAUACAUCAAUACUCCACAAAUAAACGACAUUUCUGAUAAGCUCGACAGCAUGAAGGAGGACAUCACCAAAUCGAUUGGAAAACUUUUGAAAAAUUCAGGUUCAUGCAGAUGGUGCAAUAUCUUUAGCACUGAGGACUCCCGCUUCAGAGAGAGGGGUGGCUGUUGUGGAGAGCAGCAUGGGUUUCAUGGACCAGAAGCUAAAAGUCACUACCGACCUUAUUUGAACUAUAAUCCAGAGAUGGACUAUGAAGAUGGCAUGAGAAAGAUGAUGAGAGCCGGAACGCCACGACUCACUAGCUCGGUGAGGGCUGAAAUUGAUGAAUGGCGGGAUGCUAAUCCAGUUCGCAAGGUUCAGGAUGAAAUUAAUAAAAAAGCUGCUGCUCUUCAUGCCGACUCUCCAACGUGGAGAAAGAAUAUCGAAAGAGACAGAUUCAGAAGGCAGGUCCUGGACUUGCCUGACUACGAAGAGGACGAGUAUGGUCUGCCGAAACUGUCCCCUCUUCCAAGAUAUGCAAACACGAGAUACCCCACAAACCACCUACUCACUCGACGCAGGGGAUAUAAGUUUAUUGCCUAAACUGCAUUGCGUAACGCUAAAAAGUGAAAGCACGUAUUACUUUCACGUAUCUUGUACGCUUUCCAUCAAAAUGAACGCCCAUAAGUAUGUGCAUGCUUACGUACUUAUAUAAGAACGUAUAUAUGUCUAUGGUACAAUAUGUAAUACCAAGAUCAAAGGAAAGAUAAUAAAGACAUUUCAUGAACCUCUA